AUGGUUGAUGCCGACGACUACCUCCAGGAGGGGUUUGAUCCUCGCAGCGUCACCAUCCCACGUUUGCGCUCCAUACUCGUCACGCAUCAUGUCGACUAUCCGUCUACGGCCAAAAAGCCGCAGCUGGUGCAGCUUGUCGUCGACCACGUGCUUCCGCAGGUGCCUAAGCUCCGUGCACAAAAGGCCAGGGCGAAGCGGUCGAGUUAUGGCAUCGUCAAUGCUGGCAGUGCCGAGGAUACAAACAACUGGGCCGACUUCGAACCUCUAGCCCCGCGGACAUCCUCCAGGAGAUCAAUGUCCCCUCGCAAAAGCUCGGCCAAGACCAAGGUCAAAGUGGAAGACGCUGAAGCUGAGGCCUCGCUUCUCCGAAGUCCUCGGAAGCGUAGCUCGCGAUCCACGAGCAGGCAACUAUCUCAUGCGGACGACGAAGAUGACACCGUCUCCGUCUCUGAUUUCUCCCGAUCGACACGGCGAAGCCGACGGACUGUGACUCCGCAGAUACUACCAGAAUUCGAAUCCGAACCCGAGGAGGAACGAUCGGUCACUGAUGACAGCACCGUCGUCGCACUGCAGGACGAAAACGUCUUUACAGAUGAUAACCCCUUUCAAAGCGGCAGCUCGCCGCCAGCGGUCAAGACUCCUACCAAUAGACGGCGGACACUGGGUGCAGGCGUGGCCCAGAGCGCAUCGUCGUCCCGACGUCAGACCAGUGGCACCUAUGAUCGGAGACAAGUCAGUGCACCCUUGCAAAUUCCAGUACCCAGGUUGCGCUCUCACACGCCCGAGGACGUGCUGGAACCCGGCGAAGAGUUCACGCCGGACGAGCAGCUGGAGCUGGAAGCGGCAGCGAGCGAGGGGGGCCUGCACAUUGUUCCCCGGAGCCCUCCUUCCAAAUCUAGGCGCCAGACGAGCUUUGGUACACCUCUACUUGUCCUUUUCAUGGCGCUGCUAUCUGCCUACGGAGCGUGGUACCGACAAGAAAAGAUUGCGGUCGGCUAUUGUGGACUCGGCCGGCAGGCAACGGAGCUGCUACCCCCUGAUGUCCGCGUUCCCGACUUCCUCUUGCCCUUCAUCAAGCCUGAGUGCGAGCAAUGUCCUCCCCACGCCUACUGUUAUCAGGACCUUUCCAUUCGGUGCGAAAAGGACUUCAUCCUGAAGCCCCACCCCCUGUCGCUAGGUGGCUUGGUCCCACUGGCGCCGUCGUGUGAGCCCGAUGGCGAGAAAGCUCGUCGGGUCAAGGCCGUCGCCGACAAGGCUGUUGAGGAGCUCAGGGAGCGUCGAGCCAAGUUUGAGUGCGGCGAACUAGUUGACGACGCUGGGCAGCCCGAGAAUUCGCCAGCGAUCGCCGAGCAGGACCUCAAGGAAAGCGUCAGUAAGAAGCGCAGCAAGAGGUUAAAUAGCCAAGAGUUUGAUGAACUCUGGAAGGAUGCCAUUGGCGAGGUCACUGCUAGAGAGGAGGUCGAGGUCGAGAUUCUGAGCACCGAAACGCCCGAUUCCUCCCAUUUUUCAAACCGAAGCCUCGCGUCCACCUCUCUCGCUCGCCUUCCGCUCACCUGCGCGAUCAAGCGAACUCUCCGACUUGGACUGGCAAGAUAUCGUCUCCCAGCUGGAGUCUUGAUGUUGCUGUCGCUUGCCAUCUUCUACCUACGUGCUCGAUAUCGCCGCCACUUGGCCACCUCUGCUCGGAUUCCCAACCUGGUCGAGUCCGUAUUGGGCCGACUUGCGAACCAGAAGGAACUGGGCGAGGAGGAUCUUGAUGACCCGUGGCUGUUUCUGCCUAACUUGAGAGACGAUGUGUUGCGAACCAUUCACUCCCUGGCGGAGCGGGAGAGGAUAUGGCAGAGGGUGAGGGCUGUCGUGGAGCUGAACAGCAACGUCCGGACUAGCCAGCGAGAAGGCCGGAACGGCGAAGUUGGACGUGCCUGGGAGUGGAUCGGUCCUACCAAGGGCGAUGGUGCAAGGAGACGGCGCAGUGGUCGAGUAUCGUGGGCUCCAGAAGUGAAGCCGGAGUCGCCAGAGGCUGAGGCCACGCAGGUGAUGGAAACGAGGAAGUGGGAGGAGCCGCGGCCAUUUUAUUAG